CCGCGGCUUCCUUCCCUAGGUCCUCCGCGCUGCUCCGCCCGGCCCCGCCUACUCUCUGCUACCCUGGACUUUUAGGCUAGACUUGGCCGGUUUGAAGACCAGGAAGUCGAUAAAUCGCGGUACCGGCUGCUGAGAGACGGUGGCUCGGGUGGGACAGUCGCCAGGGAUGGCGGAGCGUGAGGAUGGAGCGAGUGUCCGGGCUUCUCUCCUGGACGCUGAGCAGAGUCCUGUGGCUCUCGGGUUUCUUUGAGCGGGGAGCUGCCCGGCAGCCCCGGAUCAUGGAAGAGAAAGCGCUAGAGGUUUAUGAUUUGAUUCGAACUAUCCGGGACCCAGAAAAGCCUAAUACUUUAGAAGAACUGGAAGUGGUAACCGAAAGUUGCGUGAAGGUUCAGGAGAUAAAUGAAGACGACUAUCUGGUUAUUAUCAGGUUCACACCAACAGUACCUCAUUGCUCUUUGGCGACUCUUAUUGGGCUGUGCUUAAGAGUAAAACUUCAGCGAUGUUUACCAUUUAAACAUAAGUUGGAAAUCUACAUUUCUGAAGGAACCCAUUCAACAGAGGAAGACAUCAACAAGCAGAUAAAUGACAAGGAGCGAGUGGCAGCUGCAAUGGAGAACCCCAACUUACGGGAAAUCGUGGAACAGUGUGUCCUUGAACCUGACUAAUAGCUGUUUUAAGAGCCACUGAACUAUUGUUUAAUGUAUGUGUUUAAACUCUUUGUAAAAUGCAAAAGACUCAUGUUUAAUAUGUAGUUGAUUUGUACCUCAAAGCAUUUUUUUAAAGGAUUAUUUCCAACAAGAUUUAACAAUAAGGCAGUACCUAGUUUGUUUAGUAUAUAACAUUCUCAGGAUUUGUAACACUUAAAUGAGCAGACAGAAAAAUAUUUUCUACUUAUUAUGUGUAAGAUGAGUUGCUAUUUUUCUGAGGUCCAUACUGAUACAACUACUUCUCGUGUCAAAUAGUUACUGUGCCCAAAUGUAUUCAGUUUAAAUCAUUGCUCUAUAAAAUAAAUAAAGAGAUGAUUCUUAUAA